AUGAAAUACUUGGAAAAUUCAGCGCUGGAAGCGCUGUCAUCCAGUUUGAGUAUAGGAGCCAUUGACUGCAUAUUGGAUGUCAAAUUGGAGUCGUAUUCUUGUAAAAUGGUCCAAAGCGAUAAGAAACAAUGGAAAGCCUAUGGUGGAUCCAAUGAAUCGAAUCAUGCCAAUGAGAGACAACCGUUAUCUCCUCCUGACGAUUUCCUAUCCAUAUCUGCAUCGCCAAUUGGUCAUUCGGCUAGGAUGCGACAUUUGUCUGAAGCAACGCAUUCUGGAUCCGAGACAGACGCUGAUGAUUUCGUGCUUCUGGAUUCAAUAUCGAAGCGAACAUUGUUUGAUCUGAUUGGAGCGCUGAACAUCGCGUAUCCAGAUUACGACUUCAGUGAUGUAAAAAGUAGCAGCUUUUCUCUCAUCCCGAACGUAGAGGUGGUAAUGGAGGCGGUUGACAACAAGUUUUACGCUACCGUCAAUGGAUAUUCGUCUAUGCGUGACGAACUUUGGUUGGCUAUCGACGCAGAAAUCCAGCCUAAUGAUUGUAGAAUAUACAGCUUCAAAUCAAAUUAUAUCGACGAUCCAUUCUCGGAAGACGGUUGCUUAUGGUGUCUAAACUUUUUCUUUCAUAACAAAUCUCUCAAGCGUUUAAUGCUACUGUCAUGUCGUGCACUCUCACAAAAUGGAGCUUCUGGCGAAUCUUUGUGGGAUUUGGACGACGAAUAA